AUGGGGCGCAAAAGAAAAAAAUUCUGGACGGAAAAACACCCAACUACGGCCGAUAUCGGUGAACGUUUAUGGAGGCCGCAAGCAUCGCUGAGACCUGUCAUGGCGCCGCUCUCUGACGCACCGUCCAGAUCAUCCAGUGAAGACUCACCCUCCAACCUGGAAAUGAUGGUGGAGACGCAGAGAGCAGGCAAGCCUAAGGCACAAAACAACCCUCCAGUCACUGAAGACCGACUGAAAGCCCUCUUGGAUGAUCUACGCCGACAUAUCGCGGCAGAUAUCAAUUCAUUUAAAGAGGAAAUUCAUGGGGUGUCGGUGAGACUACAUGACACAAAUCAGCACACGAGGCCUGCAUUAAUAGAACGAUUUGAUCCAAACCUAGCACCAAGUUGCAGCAAUGGAAGAUCGUAG